UUUUUCGAUUUCGCGCGAGAGAUCGAGUCUGACAAAGGCAAAAGAAAAAGGCUCCAGGAAGAGUUUAAAUACCCAAACCAUUCCUGACCACCCCUGCCUUUCUUGCGAAAGAGCACUUCAGUAUACACAAAAGUUUUCCAAAUACCGCGUUCUCAGCGCCAGCGCCAGCGCCUCGUGCAUUCUUCUUGCCACCUGUCCUUUCGAAGUACAUUCGUUAUACCCAUUUUGAGACAUUGACUGGGUGCACCUUCAUUUCUACCUCACUACAAACACCAACAGGCCCCCUGAAUCCCCGUCUCUGAUACAGCCGAACACAGAACAAUGGCAGCCAUUUCUUUCUUGAUCCUCGCAUUCGUUGCCGUUUUUGGCACGAUACUCUUCACCACGCAGACCUGCUCCUUUGAAAAAGUGCAUGCUCUCAUGGACCAGCCGCAUGGGAACUCGACCGUGCUUGGCUAUCUUGCUCGAAAACCCAAAUACUCAGAACCCCAGCAGCAGGUUUUGGUGCGUCGGGCAACUAACCUGCUGCUGGUCGACCCGGGCUUGGCUACUUCCUCCACAUCCGAGUCGCUAGUGGUGCCCUCUCAAGAGUUCACAUCUAUUCCCACAACUGCUGAAACUUCGAUAUCCAGCCUGGUUUCUUCCCUGUCGUCGUCACUGUCUUCUUCCACUUUGACCCCAGUGACCAGCUCUUCGCUGACUUCUCAGACCUCGACAGAGGGGGUAACCUCGAACCCACUUGCAACAACAAGCACACUGAGUUCCAUAGAGCGCUCAUCUGUGUCGUCCGAUAUUGCUCCUUUGACCACAGAAUCCUCUUCCACCAGUAUCACCAGCAGCACCAGUAGUACCAGCAGGACUACCAGCUCGAGCAGCAGCGUGUCAGGCUCAGAAACAACGCAAGUCUUUAGCUCCGUGGUCAGCGGAAGAACAGUGGUGGUGACACAGACAUCUAUAGUCACGCAGUCCACCUCGGAGCCCUCGUCGUCAACUUCGACAGACUCCACAAGCUCCUCUAGUGGACUCAGUGACACCAACAAGAUUGUUGUGGGAGUAGUGGUCGGUGUAGGAGGCGCCAUUUUGAUGGCGUUCGCUGCGUUGAUGUUCAUUUUGAAGCGCAGAAAAUCCAAGGGCCACCAGAGCGGAUGGACUUUCUGGAGAAAAAACGAGAAAGGCGGAGAAGACAAUUUCUUUAGCGGUGAGUUGGGAGUGCGUGACCGAGACAUCAACCAAGGAUCCAACUUUUAGAAGUGCUGUAAUGCCCAUGCCCCUAAGACCCCUCACAGGUUCAUAGAACUCAAUACUUGUGGAACAUUGGUUCGGCUCCAGUGCCUCAACCUAGGCGUUUGACUGGCGAGAUGAACUUCAGCUCCCGUCUCCAAAAAUAAA